UAGCGGUGCCUGCCGCGCCCCGCCCGACACUCGGCGUUCGCCACUGAGCAGAUCGGACUUCGCUCGUUCGCGCACCUCGCUCCGCUUUCUCGCGACCAUGUCUGACAAGCCCGAUAUGGCUGAGAUCGAGAAAUUCGAUAAGUCGAAAUUGAAGAAGACAGAAACGCAAGAGAAAAAUCCUCUGCCUUCGAAAGAAACGAUUGAACAAGAGAAGCAAGCAGGCGAAUCGUAAUGAGGCGUGCGCCGCCAAUAUGCACUGUACAUUCCACAAGCAUUGCCUUCUUAUUUUACUUCUUUUAGCUGUUUAACUUUGUAAGUUGCAAAGAGGUUGGAUCAAGUUUAAAUGACUGUGCUACCCCUUUCACAUCCAAGAACUACUGACAACGAAGGCCUCGCCUGCCUCUCCCAUCUGCCUGUGUGACUGGCAGGGAAGGAAAAGAGCUUGCAUGUUGGUGAAGGAAGAAGCUGGGUGGGAGGAUGGUGAAAUCUAGAGUGAAAUUCAAGCUGGUCCGAGGUGUCCUGCAGGCUGUAAAAUGCAGUUUAAUCA